AUGGACGAGCGACCAAACAAGAAGAGACGUUUCUUCGCCGACAGAGCCCCGUCUCAAGAUGCUUCUUUCGCCUCCGAUCCCUCUGGCCCAGACGAAAUCAGUGCACUUCCCAAGAACGAUCAAGAUGCCACCAAUACUACACAAUCCGGACAAGACUCGACUACAUCCACUUCCAACUACUUCGAUCCGUCUCUGUUCCAAGCCUUCGUAGGCAACGAUGCCCCCGACACUACCAUCAAUGCCCUCCAACGCAUAUGCGCCAACGAUGUCGAGCGAGCAGUCAACAUGUAUCUGGAUGGCUCAUGGCAGAACCACCCUCUAAUCUCCAGUGUCCCCACAACUGCCUCACAUCUUAGUCGACUAAAAGUCAAGGACACACCACCCGCCUCUGCACGAACGAUUGACCUACCGAAGGUCGAUUUGUCCGCUAUGCCCACAAAAAGAUACAUUGGUGCCUUGGGAGUUGUUGGCUGGACUACCCGUAGUGGUACUGGAAUCAUCACGUCUGGAGAGACUGUCAAGAUUGAAAGAGCUAGACCGUCACAGCAGAAGGUUGGCAAGGGAGGCAAGUCGCGUGCCUCCACUCGUCAAGACGUUAUUGUUCGUUUUACCAAUGCCAAAGAAGAAGAGGUUGGCCGCUUAGAGCAGGACUCUGCCGCCUGGAUUUCGACUCUGAUGGACCAAAAUAUAUGCCAUUUCGAAGGUCAUUGUAUCUUCGCACCCGAUCGUGUCCGUACCAACGACACUGUCUAUCUUCAGUUGCGAUGCUUUUUUCUCAAAUCGUGCUUCUCCGCCGGAAACUUCAUCAAGCCAUUGGACAAUAACAGGGAAACUGGCUUAUAUGAAGCUAAGGAAACUCGAGAUGAAAAAGACCUCAGACUACGCCAGAUUGGCCUGGUGAAAUUGUUCUCAGAAGUCAACCUCCAUCCAUCACGCGCCAACUCCGCGACCGAAAAGCAUAAGAGAGAAGGCAUUUUGCGUGCUGCCGAGAUACCUGAGCAGACCGAGCAAAGUACUGCCAAACCAGCAAAAUCCUCUGAUCCGGCCCCUUCAUCCCCUCCCUCUGAUGAUGCUGAAGAUGGCCAAGAAUUGGAGCAAGACCAACUUGACAGCCUCUACAGGAAAGCACAAUCCUUCGACUUCAACACACCUGUCAUGCAACCUGCCGAAACGUUCGUCAUGGAUCUACGGAAGUAUCAGAAACAAGCCUUGCACUGGAUGGUGGGCAAGGAGAGAGAUCAAAAGUCUGAUAACAAAGAAGUGUCGAUGCAUCCGCUCUGGGAAGAAUACACAUGGCCAACGAAAGAUGCAGACGAUGCACCAGUACCUCAAGUUGAGGACCAGCCAAGCUUUUAUGUGAACCCUUACUCCGGUGAACUGUCAUUAGAUUUCCCUGUUCAAGAGCAGAACUGCCUCGGAGGUAUUCUGGCUGACGAAAUGGGACUUGGCAAGACGAUCGAGAUGCUCAGUCUUGUACACACGCACACUUCAGAAUUUGGCUUGCAAGGCUCUAAGAUGUCAACGGUUAUGGACCUGCCACGGUCGCCUAAAAGCUCUCCUCUGGUCGCUCGAGCGCCGUGUACCACCUUGGUUGUUGCUCCCAUGUCGCUGCUAGCGCAGUGGCAAAGUGAAGCAGAGAAGGCUUCGAAGCCCGGGACGCUCAAGACUUUGGUCUACUAUGGCUCAGACAAGAACGUUAACUUGAAGACAUUGUGCUGUGAAGCCAAUGCGGCAUCCGCACCAAAUGUCAUCAUCACUAGUUACGGCACUGUGCUGUCAGAGUACAAUCAAGUGGUUGCUGCCGGUGGUGACAGAGGAUCAAGCGGCGGGUUGUUCUCCAUCGAGUACUUCCGUGUCAUUCUUGAUGAGGCUCACAUGAUCAAGAAUCGGCAAUCAAAAACUGCUCGCGCUUGCUAUGAGAUUGCUGCAGAACACCGCUGGACAUUGACAGGUACGCCAAUUGUCAACCGUCUGGAAGACCUUUUCAGUCUCGUACGUUUCCUUCGUGUCGAGCCUUGGAGCAAUUUCUCCUUCUGGAAGACAUUUAUCACUGUUCCUUUCGAGUCCAAGGACUAUGUAAGGGCACUUGAUGUCGUCCAGACUGUACUCGAACCCCUCGUCCUGAGACGUACAAAGGACAUGAAGACGCCAGAUGGAGAAGCGCUGGUGCCGUUGCCCCCACGGACUAUCGACAUCCAAAAAAUUGAGCUCUCAAAGGUAGAACGUGAUCUAUAUGAUCACAUUUUCGCUCGAGCUAAGAGGACGUUCGCUGCUAAUGUCGAAGCUGGAACACUAAUGAAAUCAUACACUACAAUCUUUGCACAAAUUUUACGACUUCGACAGUCAUGUUGUCACCCAACUCUGGUGCGCAGCAAAGGCAUCGCUGCAGAUGAAGAUGACGCUGAGGCAGCAGCGGACAUCGCCAACGGUCUUGCUGAUGAUAUGGAUUUGCAAUCUUUGAUCCAACGCUUCGAGUCUGAGGCCGAAGAGGAGGAUGCCAGCCGAUUUGGUGCUAAUGUGCUCAAGCAAAUCCAAGCGGAGUCGAACCACGAGUGUCCGAUUUGUUUCGAAGAGCCUAUGGAAGAGCAAUCUGUCACGGGCUGCUGGCACAGUGCUUGCAAAAAGUGUCUUCUGGAAUUGAUCGAGAAUGCAACCAACAAGAACGAGCUGCCACUGUGCUUCAACUGUCGUGAGCCCAUCAACGCACGCGACAUCUUUGAAGUCAUCAGACACGACGAUGAAGACGAACAAGAAGCUGGCCCCAGCGAUUCGGUUGACUCCCAACAACGACUCCCUCGCGUCUCCCUGCGCCGCGUCAACACUCUCUCCUCUGCCAAAAUUGGUGCUCUCUUGACACAUCUGAAGCGCAUCAAAAAGGCUUCUGCAGCUACAAAAUCAGUCAUCUUCUCUCAAUUCACCUCUUUCCUCGACAUCCUCGAACCCGCUCUCGACGGCGCCUCAAUCCCCUACCUCCGCUUUGACGGCAGCAUGGCCCAGAAAGCCCGCGCUGCUGUUUUGACCGAAUUCGCCAACCGCACAAAGGGUUGCGUGCUCUUGCUCUCCCUCAAAGCAGGCGGUGUAGGUUUGAACUUGACGUGUGCGAGCAAUGUCUUUAUGAUGGAUCCUUGGUGGAGCUGGGCUGUCGAGUCACAGGCUAUUGACCGCGUGCACCGCAUGGGCCAAACCCAAGAGGUCAAGAUCGUGAGGUUUGUGGUUGAUCAGAGUAUAGAGGAAAAGAUGCUCAGAGUGCAAGACCGCAAGAAGUUUAUUGCUAGUUCGCUGGGUAUGAUGAAUGAGGAUCAGAAGAAGUUACAGAGGAUUGAGGACAUCAAGGAAUUGUUGAGCUAA